GUUUUACUUAAAAAACUUUUAUUCUUCUAAUAGUUUAUCCCGCUUGGGUUUACCUUUAGUUGUAGAAAAUGCUUCUUUAGGUUUUCUUACUUUAAAGAAAAAUACGUUUGGGGCUUUCUUUAAAGUGGAUAAUGAAUUAAACGUUAUACUCCGCCGUAAAAUAGCCGUUUGGCUGUUGUGCACUGCUUCUUUGGUUGCUGGUGCAGUAACUAUCGGAGGCAUUACUCGAUUAACAGAAUCAGGCCUUUCUAUGGUUAACUGGCAUCCCGUUUAUGGUAUCCGCCCCCCGUUUUCCGAAAAAGAGUGGGAAGAAGAAUUUAACGAGUACAAAAAGUAUCCGGAAUAUAAAUACGUUCAUCAGCAUCUAACUUUAAACGAUUUUAAAAAGAUUUUUAUUUGGGAGUAUCUCCACCGAAUUUGGGGAAGAGCAAUCGGAAUUGCGUUUGUGGUUCCAGCCGUUUACUACUGUUGUAAAGGAUAUCUAAAUUUUCAAUUGAAAUUAUUUUCUUUGGGCAUAUCCUCUUUGAUUGGAUUUCAGGGUUUUCUUGGUUGGUACAUGGUGAAAAGUGGACUUCAGGAUCCCAAUCUUUCCGAAUUUCCUUACUGCGUGCCACGCGUUAGUCAGUACCGACUUGCAGCUCAUCUGGGAUCUGCUUUCAUUAUAUAUGGACUGUUAUUACAUAAGGGACUCCAAUUGCUUCUUCCCUCUUUGAAUUUGGCGAACAAAACUAUUUCAAAGUUUCAGUUUUACAGUAAAUUAGCCAUGGGGCUCGUUUUUAUUACUGCAUUAUCUGGCGCUUUUGUUGCUGGAUUGGACGCUGGACUUCUUUAUAACACUUUUCCUAAAAUGGCUGACCAAUGGAUCCCUGCCGAAUUGCUCGCCUUUAAACCCACGUGGCGUAACUUUUUUGAAAACCCAACGACCGUCCAGUUUUCUCACAGAAUUCUCUACCGUCAAGAUGGUUGGGCUACCCCCACGUGCUAAAUUUCUUGCCAGUUUACUUUUUUUUAUUGGAGGAGUUCAGAUCUCGUUGGGAAUUUCAACUCUGUUGCUGCACGUGCCUAUUUCCCUUGCAACUGCCCAUCAAGGCGGAUCUUUGGCUCUACUAACC